ACGCGCCGAAGAUCCUCCGGGUUUCACAAUGGAAGUGGACGUACAUAGACGCGAAUGGCGGCUCGCAUAGCAGUUCCCGUCGUCGGGCAGCAGUCGCUUCUGAUACACCAGGUCCGCCGAGGCACGGGUCAGUGACACCGACCCCCACGUGGACUCUUUAGGGAGGACAGACCGCAAAGUUCCGGCAGAGUUUAGCCACUGAACGGUGUCGGCGCUGCAGUCUUCCCGUCCCCCCCACCUCCUCCUCCUCCUCCUGCGUUGUCCUCUGCGGGUUUUCAGGUCUUUGUCGCGAAGCGCAAGGAAGCAGCACCGUCCGGACUGCCAUCAAUGACAGGGAAAAUGUCAGAGGUCAAGAUAGCGCAGCGCAAGGAGAAGUGUGAAAACUGCACCAAACAGUGCAACAAGAAGCAGGGGGACGAUGGCGCCGGCCCGGACCCAGAGAGCCAGGAGGUCAACGGGCAGGUAAAUAAAGGACCCCAGUUGCUGCUGAGCGCCUGUCUCUCCUGUGACGGCUGCCUCUCUGAGGAGGACACCCUGAGGAUCUCUCAGCAGAACCUGGAGGAGGUGGAGCGCGUCCUGGCCCUCAAUAAGAAAUGCGACACGUCCAAGCACAGGGUGGUGGUGGCGUCGGUGUGUCCACAGUCGCUGCCCUUCUUCGCCGUCCAGUUUGGUUUGGACGUCACCGAAGCAGCACAAAAACUCUGCAGCUUCCUCAAGAGUGUCGGGGUAACAUUUGUGUUUGACACCACCGUGGCAGCAGGCUUCAGCAUCUUAGAGACCCAGAAGGAGUUUAUUCAGAGGUAUCGCAGGAGGCACCAUGACUCUCACGCCUUGCCCAUGUUCACCUCCUCCUGCCCAGGUUGGAUCCGCUAUGCAGAACGCGUCCUGGGCAGCCUGGUCACCCCUCACAUCUGUACGGCCCGGUCUCCCCAGCAGAUCAUGGGCUGUCUGGUGAAAGAUUAUUUCUCUAAACAGCAGAAGCUGAGUCCGGAGAAGGUUUACCACAUGGUGGUGGCUCCCUGCUUUGACAAGAAGCUGGAGGCCGUCCGAGAGGAGUUUUACAACAGUCUGAUGGAGACCAGAGAUGUGGACUGUGUCCUCACCUCAAAGGAGAUCUAUCACCUGAUGGAGAAGAGGAGAACAUCCGUGGAGGAGCUGGACUCUGUUCCGCUGGAUCAAGUGCUGGGAGAAGGCGGCGAGGAGGCGCUGAUGAGGCACGACGGUAGAGGCUCUGAAGGAUUCCUGGAACAUGUUUUCAAACACACAGCUAAAGAGCUAUUCGGUCUGGAUGUGCAGGAAAUCACUUACAAAACCCUCAGGAACCGUGACUUCCAGGAAGUGACGCUGGAGCGGGACGGGGAGACGCUGCUGCAGUUUGCUGCCAUCUACGGUUUCAGGAACAUCCAGACCUUGGUGCACCGGAUGAGGAAGGGCCGUGUCCCUUACCAGCUGGUGGAGGUGCUGUCCUGCCCUGGAGGGUGCCUGAGUGGCCGAGGUCAGGCAGAGAGCGAGGGGGCGGGGCGCAUUGAUAAAGCCCUGGUCCAGCAGAUGGAGGAAGUCUACAGUAGUCUGCCUGUCCGCCUACCAGAACUGAACCCCAUCCUGAACACUCUGUAUCAGGACUGGCUGCAGGGCCAGGACUCUCCACAGGCCAGCAGGCUGCUGCACACAGAGUUCAGAGGUCAGAGCCAGAGCCACACGCAGCCUCCACACAUGGAGUGGUGAGAGCGGGCCUGGUUCCACUCCCACGAACCCGUUUGCAACCAGCGAGCUGUGGAUCACGCAGCAAAAAGGACCCAGAGGUCUCUACAGGUCAUUCGUCCAUUUAACCACAGGGGGGCGCUGUCUGCCUCUGUAUUAAACCUUAAGCUAAGAAGAUGUGAGGGGUCCAGAGUCCACAGCAACACACACACACUUUCCAUUCCUGCUCACCGAAGCAGCAACAUCAGCAUGUCGGGAUCAAAGCUAACAGAUAAACUCCAUCAUGUGCUAACCGUUCUGGAACAUGCAAAGUCCAGAGCUGAGUGGGAAUUUCAUCACUAUGCAGGGCUGUAGGAUGACAUGAGGAACUCCCAAACACGUGGAACCAAAGGGGACGUUUUAAUGUAAUCCAAAUCCGUCUGUCCAGCGUGGGAUCUGCUGUUUUUUGUUUUGUGUUUCAGCUGUUUGCUCUGUUCCUGUCAUGACGACAGACGUGAACUGUGUCCGACACAAAGCUAACUAUGCAACAGCAUCUUAUCUCUGCCGACACAGAGGGGUUAGGCUAUGAAACGUAGGUAUUUUAAGUGGUACUCAUGUUUUUAUCCACGUCAUCUGUUUCUGUCAAUUCCAAAAGCAAGCUUUUUUUUUAUUAAGUUAUAUAUUUGUGUUCAUGUUCAAAGAUCAAACAUACCUGUGAAAGAUAAAGAACUACAAUAUUCUCCA